AGCACAAUCUUUUGUUUUUGGGCAAUAUUCUGAAAAAUUAGCCCCUAUCCUGUAUCAUUUAUUUCCUUUAUGUUAUUUUUGCAUUCUCAAAUAGAUCUAAAGCUGAAAGCUCGUCAAAAAUUUCCUGCCAAAGCGUCGCUCAGCCGGCCAUAACCGAGUGCUACAUCACAAACACAGCUAAUUACCACAAAAUUUUCUCCCUUUAUCUCGCUUAGCCCCUCAUUUCUGUAAUUCUUUUGAGAUCAAUUUCAUGCAUAUAAUACAGAAGCUGUAUAAUUUGUCGUGCCAUUUGUUGAACCAGAGGGUCGUCUAAUUUUCAGUCCUGACUCCUGAGGAAUGUAUGGGAAAAGGGGAAGCGAAUUAGUCAAAGAACUUGCGAGCAGUGAACCGGGACAACUCUCAGCUUUUAAUAAUGACCUAUUUGCCCAAGUAAUCAAUGAAUGUACAGGCCACCUCCAUCACCUUGGCUUAUUGAUAAGGAAAAUUGAAGAGCUAAAGAAGAUUGAAGAGAAAAAGAAACUUAAUAACCAGGAAUUAGAAGAAUCAGAAAAACCGUUGCUAAAAGCUCACAACUCGGGGGCACUCAUCCACCACCUUUCUCUACUCCGCAACAAGCGUUGUUUGAUGGCUUAUGUGUAUAAUAGAGCAGAAACUAUACGAAGUUUGGGAUGGGCUGUUGAGAGAGUUCUGCCUGAAGAAAUAGAAGAGAAGCUCAGUGGCUCUGAGAAAGAAUAUUUCAAGAACCAUGCUGCAAGUUUACAAUCUUAUAUGUCAGAACUUGAUCUUGAUUUAGGUGUAACAGUUCAACCUGCUGCCAUUUUGCAGUCUAGGAAAUUGAUUUCUCUUCUGUUCUUGUACCUGAAGAGUGGGUAUAGCUCCGACAUGGUCCCGCCAAAAGAUCCCUACAUCAAAGUGAGGGUACUAGAGGAUAUUGGAAAUGUUCUGCUCAGUGAUCAGUCAGCUAACUUAGCUCGCCAUGCAAUUCUUUUUCUCAGAAGAACUGAUGCUGAGCAAUACAUCUCCCAGGGCUUAAUGGAAGAGCUGACUGGUUGAACCAAGUGAUUAUGGUUCUUUCUGGAAACGAAUGGCGUUCAACUUAUGCUGUACCUGUUUGUACGAAUUUGUUUUCUAGGAGAAUAAUCUGAAGACUACAUAGAUCAGUUACUGCCUGCAGUGAACAAGAGGAAUCCCAAGGGAAUUCGAAGAUGUUCUGAAUUCAUUUUUUCCAAGUGAAACUUUCCUUUUGUUUGACUUGCUGAUCUGACAUAGUAAGAUAGAUGCGAACGGUCAUUGUGGUGCUUUGAUAGCUUUAAUCUUUAUCUAACUUGUAACAAGUUUAAUUUGUAGUCAUUCGUAAUCGUAGUUGAUAUCAUAAAGUUAUCGCAACACUGAAGCAACGUAUGCACAUUGCAGAAUACUACUUUCUCACGUUGUAAUCCCAA